ACGACAAGCUCAUUAUCUUUGACAAAUUGUCAUAAGAAUGGCAUGCGGCCGAAAGAUUUCUUAUCCUAUAAGCCCCCCAAGACCAAAGAAAACACAAGAAGUAACGAUAAAUGAUGACGUUUUUGAUAUGAUCGAAGAUGUUGAAACCGGAAAACACAAGCCGAUCACUAGAUACACUUGGCAAAAUGAGAAUCAAAUGAAGGUACAAAUGAUUGAUUAUGGAGCUACAGUUACUGCUAUGGAAGUACCCGAUAAAAAAGGCAGUAUUGACGACGUAGUCCUCGGUUUUUCUAGCUUCGAGCAAUAUGAGGAAAAACCAUCUUAUUAUAUGGGUUCCACAAUAGGAAGAGUGGCCAACAAGAUAUCUAAUGCAGCUUUAACGAUAAGGGACAAAACAUUCAGACUAGACGCGAACAUACCACCUCAUCACAUGAAUGGGGGAACUAAAGGAUUUGAUAGGGCGCUUUGGAGCUCAAGAAUCGAUGAGAAAAGAGUCGUUAUGAGCCACCAUUCACCUGACAACGACGCAGGUUUUCCAGGGGAUGUUAUAGUGAACGCUUUCUUCGAACUCACAGAUGAAAACGAGUUUAUAAUUGAGUACAGAGCGUAUUCCACAAAACCAACUUGGGUCAACCUUACGAACCAGAUUUACUUCAAUUUAGCAGGUCACGAUGCUGGUGCUGCAGAGCUGUACAACCACAGUUUUAGUAUAAAUGCUGAACAUAUAUCUGAAGUCAACCGGUUGAUGAUACCAACUGGACAUAGAAUUCCAAUUGAUAAAUGUCCUUUCGAUCUGAGGAGUCCUAAAUUGUUGAAAGAGAUUUUCAUAAGAAAUCCUGAUAUGAUUGGCUUCGAUCACAAUUAUUGUAUUACCAAAGGGGAAUACCAACAAGACUCGUUCGUUGCUAGAGUUCAACACUCUCAAAGUGGAAGGAUCUUAGAGGUGUAUUCAAAUCAGCCAACUGUCCAGUUCUACACUGGAAAUAAAUUGCCGGUUGCCCCUGAGAACUAUAAAGGUGAUCCUAAGAAAUUGGAUACUUUGGUUGGGAAGAGUCUAAAAAACUAUAACAAACAUGGAGGUUUUUGCUUGAGUCCACAGUAUUUUCCAGACGCUAUUAACCAUCAAGAUAAAGUUCCUUUCUUCAUUCUCAAUCCUGGCGAUAUCUAUUAUAAUACUAUGCGUUACAAAUUUCUUUUACAAAAAUAAGUUACCUUUUUUCAUAAGAAAUAUUACUACUGCGAUAU